AUGUCCACACAAGAACGACAAGACGACACAAGGGACUUCUUUUUCUCUCCCUUAGGUUCUAUUGAUUCGGGGUACAGCCAGCAGGUCAGCGUAGAUGUGACACAGUCAGGGACAUCAUCUGCAGUGUUUUUCCAAAGGAUUGCUGAAAACGUCCAUCCAAUAACUUUCAGCCAAUCCUCGUACGAAGUUGAUGUUCCUGAGACACAUGAAGAUUUAUUUCAAGUAAAGGGUACUAAGCCGCCCGGAUUGUAUUUAAAAGAGAGACUCGAUUACGAGAAAAACACAAUUUACAACGUCACAGUAGAAGUCAUUUUGUAUGACCAGACCAACACGACAGAGUUCAUUAUAAAUGUAAUAGACGUUGAUGACAUGGAUCCAGUGUUCUUGAACGAUUCAUAUAGCCUACACAUAAUGGAAAACGAUACAGAUCACGUGAAUACUUGGCUUUGGACAACACCUGCUAUUGCGGCAGAGGAUAGAGACAAAGGUCAAGGACGACAAAAUCUAACAUUCAGUAUAUCCUCAGGGUCAAACGGUAAUUUUCAAAUCAACUGCACAACCGGACAAAUACGUGUUACUAAAGUUCUAUUUUGGAAAAAAGACGAGCUCAACAUGUAUCACCUCACCAUACAGGCAACACAAGAUAAUGACCCGAAUAGGUACGCUACCUCCUUUCUUAAUGUGUAUGUGAACGAUACCAACAACCACAGACCAAUUUUCACCAACAAUCCCUACAAGGCUGUUAUCGACGAGCAUGCUCGUGUAGGAUCCCACGUCACACAAGUUCAUGCGGAAGAUGGAGACGAGGGACCGUUUGCUAUCACAUCUUAUAAAAUUAUUGGUUCUGUGAGGCUCUUUGCUAUUGACAGUCAGACUGGGAUCAUAACUGUUGCUAAUUCCACCGGCUUGGACAGAGAAGCAUUUCCGAAUAUAACGUUAGAGGUACAGGCUAUCGAUGUGAACGCUAAUGAAACUGGUGACACCACUUUUGUUGAAAUUACACUUCAUGACAUUAAUGACCACACACCGAAUUUCACAAAAGGUUCCUACAUCUUUCACGUCAGCAGCUCUGAUACUGCACAGGUGCACGCUAAUGACGACGAUAUUGGCAGAAAUGGGCGUGUAUCAUAUGAAUUGUUCAUGGAGCCAUCGACACCUCACGUGACUAUAAACAAGGACAAUGGAACUAUAACGUUCAUUAACAUCCGCGAAGAUUUAACGUUUUCUGUGUCGGCAUGUGACAAUCCGAUCAUCACAAGCAGCCGGUAA